UUUAACGGCUACUUCCUUUUUUUAAUGAACAAACAAAUAAUUUUGAAACCACCAGUUUUCGUUUCCCCCUUUCUUCUUCCUCUUCGUCUUAGGGUUCGAAACUUUCUCAAAUCCGAUUUGAUUUUUUUGAUUCGAUUGUUAAAUGGAGACGAGAACUAGCCGAGAUCACCAAUCAACACCGGCAGCAAUCGCACCGGUAGCACCGCCUCCUCCUCCGCCGUCUACUCGGCGUCCGAGAGUGAGAGAAGUCAGCUCGAGAUUCAUGUCUCCCGUUUCUUCAUCCUCAUCGUCCUCAUCUUCCUCCUCAGCCGGAGAUCUCCAUCUAACCACUCCCAGACAUCACCAUCCCCACAAUCACCGAUCCGUUUCCGUUCAGAAAUCAAGACGCCAGUUGAAACUAGCAGAAGGCGACGAGAACCACCGUCCUUCCGAGACAACGCGUAGCCUAGACUCUCCAUUUCCUCUUCACCACGACGGAGGCAAAAACCAACAGCAGAAUAUUCGAUCCAAGCCGUUGAAGGAGAACAAUCACCGCCUCGACACUCCGACGCCGAUGCUGCCGCCUCCGUCCAGAUCUAGGUUAAACCAGCAGCGUUUGCUUACAUCCUCGGCCGCGGCUAGGCUUCUCCGGUUAUCAGUCUCCUCCACGGACGGUGAAGAAGAGAACGAGAGAGAGAAAUCCAACGGCUCAGAUCUGUUGCCAGCGAGGAAGGUCAAUAAUCAGACCGCGUCGUCUCCUCUCCGGAGGUCUCUGAGUUCAUCUUGUGAUGAUUCGUCGUCGUUUCGGGAUGUAAGAGCUUCUUCGUUGUCGUUGCCUCCUGUGGCACCUAACUCGAAGACUCAAGGUGAUACGAAGAAGCAGAAGAAGGUUGCAGGGCAACAAGCUGAUGCGCAUUCUCUGAAACUGCUUCAUAAUCGAUACUUGCAGUGGAGAUUCGCAAAUGCGAAUGCUGAGGUCAAAACGCAAGCUCAGAAGGCACAAGCUGAGAGGAUGUUUUACUCCCUUGGUUUGAAAAUGUCAGAGCUUUCCGACUCUGUACAUGAGAAACGCAUAGAACUGCAGAGAUUGUUGAGAGUGAAAGCUGUUAAGGAGAUUGUGGAAUCUCAAAUUCCUUAUUUGGAACAAUGGACAGAACUUGAAGAUGAGUACUCAACUUCACUUACUGAAACAUCUGAUGCUUUACGCAAUGCUUCCUUGCGGCUACCUCUCGACUCUGAUAUCAAGGUUGAGAGUAAAGAGUUAGCAGAAGUACUUGCUGUCGCUUCAAAGUCUAUGGAAACCAUUGUGCAAAACAUCCAACAGUUUUUGCCUAAGACACAAGAGAUGGAGACUUUGAUGUCUGAACUAGCAAGAGUAAGCAGCAUAGAGAAGGCAUCAGUACAAGAUUGUGGAGUUGCACUGCUUAAGACCCAUUCAGCACAUAUUGAAGAGUGUUUUCUCAGGAGUCAACUUAUUCAGCAACAGCGCCAGAAGAGUGAACUUCAAUAGAGCAAUAGUUUUGUUUUGACUUGAAGCUUAUAUGUUCUGACCAAUAUAUUGUAACAGCCACUAAAAUAAAGAAAGAGAAAAUGAAUAUUGCGACGCCUUCUUUUGC